GAGUGGGUCGCCGGUCGUCCUCCGCGACGCACGUUCGGUCCUUCUGGAUUUUGAAAUAACCGCAGCACAGGUGGCGCCGCCGCCGGAUGAGCCCACACACGUUCUAGGAUUAGCUGAUUAGGAAGCCGCCCACCGGAACCAACAGGCUCAUGAUGAGACGGCUGGCUUGCGCCGAGCCGUUGUGCUUCAGUUACGGGGCCAGUUAAUAAUUAUCUGCUUAAUUUAGCCAAAAGAAUUACUAUAAAUUCGCCCCCACACUCUCAAAAAGUGCUUUUAGAAAACGUUUUCAAAAAACAUUUUUGAUUUCAGAGAGGAAAACAGAUAAGACGGACAAAAGGCUCCAAAUUUGGUAACCUGAGAAUAUUUUGUUUCGGUCAGUAUCUCUAAUCGGUCGUCCCUGCCGUCGGAUCUCGGAUUUUUCUUUCCAUUUGAGCAGUUCCAACUGCACUUUGAAAUUCUUGCUUUGGAAAUAAAAGAAAAAAACAGAGGGCUCUUUACCUUGUGAGGAUUGUGGUGCGGGUAUCUCUAGUUAAGUUUGCAAUUUGGCUGGAAAGAAAACAAAGGGUUAUCUCUAGUUAAGAGCAAGCUCUGUGGUCAGAUACAAUAAGGGUGGGAGAGCACCCCAGAAAGAGCAAAAAAAAAUACCCUCAAAUAGAGCAAAUGGAUUCCAGAGAAAUAGACCUCGAAGCAGAUCUUGAGAGUGGAGGGACUACUAGCGAAGAGGAUGGCUGCAACGACCCUGUUCUGAGUAGUAGACAGAAAUAAAAUGUUAAGUGGGAUUCUGGGUGGUUUUCUGGAUUGUAAUGAAUCUGUUGAGCGUGAACAUUGCAACUGGGGAAAUUCUAAUGAGGUUGCAACUGAUAGAGUUGAGUUGUUGAUAGACAGGAGUCCAGGAAGAGAACGGAAUCAGGAGUAUGAUUCCUUGGUGGAGGAAAAAUGUGUGAAGGAGAAGCAUAAUAAGUCAAACUCUAAAAGGGCUUCAAAGCCACCUCGGCCGCCCAAAGGCCCAUUGUUGGAUGCUACUGAUCAGAAAUUGGUGAAGGAGAUAUCUGAGCGUGCCAUGAGGAAGCGUGAAAGGAUUGAAUGAAUGAAAGCACUGAAGAAAAUGAAAGCAGCCAAGAGAUCAUCUUCAAGUAGCAGUUUAUCUGCUAUGAUCAUCACGAUUAUCUUCUUUGUCAUUAUUAUAUUCCAAGGAAUAUCCUCUAGAAGUAGUCCAACUGAAAUGUUUCAAGGGUCUCCAGAGCGAGCAUUGGCCUCAAGUGAAGAUUUUAUUUCAGUUCAUUAUUACCAAGAGCCAUCUCCCAGUGAGAGAAAUGGAUCUGGUCCCAAGUCAUUCGAGUUUGUACAGGAGGAAAGUACCGGGUCGAGAACAAGACAACAAGCAGGUAGAUCUGCUGGAUGAAUAUUUGGGUCACUGGAGAAAAUUUUUGGGCUCCAUUUUGUUAAGGUGUCCAUUGAGGCUUGAGCUUCUGUUGUGGUUUUCAAAGCUGAUACCGACCAUCAGAUCCACAGGCAGCAGCAGCUCUGGUUUCUGUAUUUCGUGUAUGAUAAGCCUUCAGGCUUUGGUGGUUGUGUAGAUUCUCACUUGUACAGAAACCACAUUCAUGGCUGUUAAUUAAUUUAUUUUUUGUAAAUUAAAAGAAGAUUAUUCUUUUGUUCCUUACCAGUUUUGAACUCUUCAGCUAUUGCAAUCAUAUUUAUUCUGCAAAAAGCCAAUAAUUAGUGAAAA